UGGAUUACAUCCGUUCAACGUAGAAUUAGCGGCAAGAAUUCUCUGAUUUUUUCUCCUCCUAUGACGGCAAAUCAAUACGGAGUAUUGCUCUUCUCCUCCGAUGACAAAAAAUUGCUCUUCUCCUCCGAUGACAGCAAAGCAAGUCAUUUUGAAGACUCCAUUAUGACUGCAAAGCAAAAACUCUCUUUUCUCCUUGUUCGCCGUCAUGAUCAUCAUCAUUACCUAUGUGACACAACGGCUCCCACAUACGGUGGGAUAAGGGAGGUUGGAUGUAUGCGACCUUACUCCAGUACUAAAGCACACAAAGACUGUUUCGAAAGAACCAUAAUGAAAAUUGCAUCGAAAAUUGUAUAAUUG